AUGGUGAAGGGCCAGAGGUGGAAGGUGCUUGGAGGCCAAGAUGGAUUGAUCGCCCGAGAGGGCCCCGAGGCGCGCGAGAGGGCGAAUGGGCCCAAUGAGUACUCUCGAAUCCUCCCAGAGGUUCUGCCCACUGGUGCUGUCGUGGAAGAACAGGAGCUCAAGGGGAACCGCCUGCAUUUCAUCCGGCUUUCAGGGCGAGGCCCCUACACUGGCUGGGUGGAUGUGAAGGAUGGCAGGACAGAGCUUCUGUUCAAGGUGGAGAAGAAGACGGUUCCCAGUGUGGUGAUGCCCACCGCGGUGGAAGAUGAUUUGGAUGGCACUGCCAAGCGAAAGAAAGGCGAGGAGAAAUGGCGGCCCAUGCCGGCGCCAGCGCCCGAGAUCCCCCUCAAAUCGCCGGGGGAUGGCAAGCUGCCCCGGCCUGGCCGCUUUUGGCGCGUGGUGGGAGCUCCGAAGGAUGGCUUGAAAGUGUGGCAGGGCGUUUCGGAGACGUCGCCCAUCUUCCCUGGCACACUGCCACAGGGAGCUGUGGUCGAAGAGGUGCAGGUGGUCGGGAACCGGCUGAGUUUCACCGAUUUCUCCAUGAGGGGCCCUCCAAGCGGCUGGGUGAACAUCCGCGAGAACGGCCGGGACAUGCUGGUCAUCGACACAGAAGGCUUAUCCACCUUGAACAUUGCUGAGGCGUUGAGAGAAAGCGCCGGGAUGCAUCUCGUGCCGCCGGCCAAUGUGGAGCCACCCUUGUCUGGGUGGGCCAAGAUGGCUGAGAUGUAUCAGAAGCCCGAAGAGAAGAACAGAAUGGACAUUGCGGCAGCAGCGGCAGAGACUGCGGACAGCAAGAAGCGGCGGAAGAGGCGUACUGUAGCAGCAAAAGAGAUGCCUCAGUUGGAGGAGCUGGCGCAUGCCACAGAGGAGGGGAUGGAGCAGGAAGCCAAGCACUUCGCCAUGCUCAACGAGGAGAGCAAGCAGAGAGUCAUCACCGAGUGUCGGGCCUUGAUUGACAUGUCCCCUCUCGAACGACAAGAAGCUUUCGAGAAGCUCCGGAAAGCCUGGCCGCGAGGACCUUUUCCCAGCUUCGCGAAGCCCUCCGAGAAUCUUCCUCCAGUCAGCAACAACUUGCUCCCACGCGGCACGUGCUUCCCUUUGAAGCGGCCCAGCAUGAAGACACCCGCGGUGUCCCAGCCUUUGGCUUCAGCAUUAGAUGGGAAGCCCGGCUUUUUUGCACCACAGCCCUUGAAGAAUGUGCCGGAACAGAAGAAAGCCCUGCAGAGCUUGGCGAAGGCAGUCACUCCAGACCCCUCACAGGAGGUGGCUUGCGACCCGUCCAUUGCCUUGAUGGAUCUCUGUCGUCUUCCACAGGCCAAGGCAGCCCCCGAGAAGAUCUCCAAGACGGUCAUCACCAAGGGCAAGCUCAGCUCUGUGGACGUCGCCAUCUAUCUAGCAAGCGAGAUGAAGACGACCCGCCCCAUCCUGCUGGACAGUGGCCCGGGUGCAAAGUUGCGUUCGGCCAAGCUCAGCGAGGCCGACUUCCGCGGCGAGCGCGCCAAGGUGCUCCGGGACUCGGCGCCGCAGAUGGGCAACCUGGACCUGCUGACCUUGUCCAAGCCCACUUUGGUCGCUGAAACACAUAAGGACUACUUGAAAGCGGGCGUUGACAUUUGCUGCACCAACACCCUCAAAGCGAAUGCUUUAGCUCAGAAAGAGUACAAGACAGCCAAGCUCGUAUCUGAGAUGAACAAGUCAGCCGCUUUGUUGGCCAAGCGUGCUGCCUCAGAGGUAACCAAACUGGAUAUCAAGAAGCCACGCUUGGUGGCUGGUUUGGUUGGACCGUGUGAAGCUCGCACGAACUUCGAUGACAUGGUCGAUGCUUACAGUGAGCAGAUCAAGGGAGUUGAUUUGCUGGCACUUGAAAUGUACGAUGCGCGAAGUGCUAAAGCUGCCAUCUAUGCGAGUGGAGAAGUUUACAAGCAAUUGAAGCAACGAGUUCCACCAUGUAUCAUCCACGUUCACGUCGACCCGAAAACGGGUCGCACCUUGGGUGGUCAGAGCGCCCAUGCCUUCUAUGUGAGCGUCAAACACUGUCGUCCGUUGGCGGUGGGCAUCGUGGGUGGUGCAGCCUAUGGGGACCUGGCCAAAGCGGGCAGCUUCAUUGGGAUGAAGUCAGGCUGUGCUUCGCGGGACAGUCCGUGGGUCUUUUGA